AUGACGUCAUCAAUGUGCGCCCGGUUCCUUCAUUCUGUCGUGUUUUCCGUGAGGCAUUAAUCUGUCAGAAGCUUUUGUUCCGCCUGCUGCUGAUCGCUGGUCGUGUUUUCUGUGGUCACACCGGGAAGUGUUAGCCGAACCUGGGCAUGGAGGCCGGGGAGGAGAAGACGGGCUCCGUGUCUGCGGCUCAGCAACGGGCGGAGAAACGGAGGAGGAAACUGCUGCUCAACUCGGAGGACAGAAUGAACAGAAUCGUCGGAUUCGCUAAAACCGAGCCGGAUCACAGCGCAGCCGGCCUGCGUUCCGUCGAACCGCGCUUCCACCUGGACCUGGACAGGUCAGAGCCGUGGUCCUCGCCUUCGCCCAGGCCAGGCGCCCGCUCCCACACCGCCACGCCGGAGAGGCGGGGCUCUCCGCUGCCGGACUUCGGCCAGCCUCGCAGAGCGUCUCUGGAGGGCGACGUGGGAGGACUCCGCCACAGAGCGAAGGCGUCAGACGAGGCCGGCGGCUCGCCGCGCCGAGGCCUCCAUCAAUACUUAUCUCGCUUUGAUGACGCCAUGAAGCUUCGGAGCCAGCUGGCCAAUGAGAAGCCGGCGCAGGACGGCGAUUCUGACGUAGAGGAGUUCGAUCCGUUUCGGGUCUUCCGGCUGGUCGGCAGCGUCCUCCUCGCUGUUUUCGUCAGAGUUUUUGUCUGCAAGUAUCUGUCAAUAUUUGCUCCAUUUCUGACCCUUGAACUCGCCUACAUGGGAUUGUCAAAAUACUUUCCAAAGGUGGAGAAGAAAAGCAAAACCACGGUUCUGACGGCCGCCCUGCUGCUGUCCGGCAUCCCGGCCGAAGUCAUCAGCCGCUCCAUGGACACCUACCGCAGGAUGGGCGACGUCUUCUCCGACCUCUGCGUCUACUUCUUCACCUUCAUCAUCUCCCACGAGAUCCUGACGCUGUUCGGCUCAGAGACGCCCUGACAGAACAAAACCACACCUUCUUCUUCCCCUCCUCAUACCGAUGAGGCUUACUCGUUUGCGCCCCCUGGUGUUUACAUUCUGCAGCCUUCUGUUGAGGGCUGCACCCCCUGAUGAUCAGCUCUAAUCACAGUCCAGUGCUUAAACCUGCAUGUUGAUUUUACUGCUUACAGAAACUCUGGAAGAGGUUUCAUGUUUUGAUUUUGUUUGCAAUCCAGGUCCAUCUUUAUUAAAACCAAUAUUUCAGGCACAGAACAUGUAAAAAACAGAAUCUUACCAAGUAUUUUUUAUCUAGUUUCCAGUACAAAUAAUUUAAUAAACUUGAAUUUAUACAAAACUAA